UUCGAGGGGCUGUUCUACCGCCAUCACGUGAGGGGAGCUCAACGCUUUGCCAGCCUAUGUAAUCGGAUGUACAGAAUACUCUGACAUCUUGCUCCCCCCCCCCCUUUGUGUGGGGACACCUUCCGAGUUCAAUCAAACAGGAAAUUGACCCCAGAUGGCGGCGAGAUUCUAGAAUAUUAUACUCACCCCUGUGGAUGGCUGAGGUCGUGUGACUGACAUGACGCUCACGACAGUGCUGGUCGCAGCGCUCCUGGUGGCGACCUGUGUUAACAAUGAUGCUCGAACCACAGAUGACGGAAGCAAACAGAAAUUCCUCUGGAAAACAGGGGCCUGGGGUUCAUGUUACGCGAUAGGAGGCUGCGGGGAGGGACGCAGGGAACGGCUCGUGUGGUGUUCGGAGGCGGAUGGUCGUACGGUGCUGGAGGUGAUGUGCGACCCACAGUCUGAGCCACCUACUAGCAAGACUUGUUUCACUGCUUGCCGCCAUCAUAGGGACAAGUUGCAGUGGCAGGUGGGGGCCUGGGGUCCAUGUCUGCCUGUGUCCCCGGCAGAUGUGAAUCAGGUGGCAGCCAUACACCAGCCCGUGGUAGGAGAUGCUCGACAUGACAACUUGGGGGUUACACAACGGAACGUGAGCUGUGUGCUCGUGUCGCAUGAGGCCACCAAGGUACAUCGAUCGGUGGACGAAGAAAACUGUUUCACAGUGGCCAGAAAGCCUGACCCUGUCCGAUUUUGCCACAUUCCACGUCCCCAGGAUUGCGUAGUUGGUCCCUACGGUGAGUGGAGCCCAUGCAAGGGCUGUCCAGCCGGGAACCAGACUCGGGUGAGAGCUGUGCUGGUGGCGCCGCUCAACGGAGGGCGGCCGUGUCCACAGUUAACUGACACUAGGGUGUGUAAUCCGCGGUCCGAAUGCCUUCUGCACAGCAAGAGCAGUAGCGUGGAGGACGGUAGCCGCUCUGGAUCGCCAGAGUACAAGCUAAAGCUUGGUGAGUGGAGGCGUUGCGAGGCGCCAACAUCAGUUGUGUCUGCAGAUCUCAUAGAAGCUCGUCUCCAGCAGCAUGGUGAUCACGAUGCCCUUUACAUCCCUGGAAGCAGUAUUACUAACAACAAUAACAACAAUGAUGUGUAUCCUGUGUCUCCUGUGCUUGGUGGAACCUCUACUGAGAGCAUCGAGAACUACUUCACAUUUCAGCCACAGGUCGGUUACCAGACAAGGGAAGUAUCAUGUCGGGAUUCCCGCGGUGCAAUUAUUGAUAUAAGCUUGUGUCUAAAUGAAGAAGCUCGUCGUAGUGAGAUGCCCUCUGAUGUUCGCCCCUGUGUUGUAGCCCAAGACUGUGUUGUGAGCCAGUGGUCUGCCUGGGUUCGAACUCAGGAUGGAUGCGUGGCUUCUUCAGGAAAAAUUCGUCCUGAAAUCCAUGAGCGGAAACGUGAGGUGGUGAGAUUACAAGAAGGUGAUGGGCAGCCAUGUCCCCAUCUGUUGGAGACAAGACACACCACAGAUCGUGACCAGCUCCAGCUCUGUGCGAAUAAAUAUCGCUGGCUGGCCUCAAAGUGGAGUCCAUGUGUCCUGACGUCUGAUGAACCUGCUUUGGGCUCAAAACUAGUGGAAGUAGGCUGUGGUGGUGGUGUACAGCUUCGGGAAGUCACAUGUGUGCAGGCCAGUCAGGGCAGCCAACCUGUGUCUGAUGAACUGUGUGAAUCUUUGGAACCAUUGCCAACUGUACAAAGGUGUGAGGUUGCAUGUCCACGUGACUGUGAGGUAGGGCAGUGGGAGCCCUGGGGGCCAUGCAUGCCUCUGGAAUGUCCUUUAUUUGGAGAUCCACCUGCUAAAGGCUAUCGUGAAAGGCGACGCAACAUUGAAGUCAUGGCAAGCUCACAAGGCCUGGCAUGUCCCAGUACAAGAGAGGUGCAGUCUUGUCCACAGCCAGCAUGCCACAGCUGGGUAGAAGGACACUGGAGCUCUUGUGAGCUGGGCCCUGGGAUGAAGAAAUGUGGAGAAGGCAGGCGUACUCGUGAGGUCACCUGUCGCUCAAUCUAUGGAGGAAUUGUGGAGGACUCUGUGUGUGCUCGUCGCCAAGUGAAGCCAAUUACAGAGGAAUUAUGCCUGCUUCCUUGCCCAUAUGAUUGUGUACUCUCACUCUGGUCUGAUUGGAGUCCUUGUAGUCACAGUUGCUCAUCUCCUCGACAGAUGGCUCUGAGACAUCGUAACCGCACUGUGAUUGCACCUCCUGGUGAAGGGGGUCAUGGCUGCCCAGAUCCAGAUGAAAUGUUGCAGAUGGAGCCUUGCAAUGUACAUAGUUGUCAUGGUUACAGCUGGUUGGCUCUACCCUGGCAAUCUUGUCACCCCUUGCCACCAUCUGAAAGGUUCAAUACAAGUUCUUUGACAACACUUGAACCGGAACUGGAUGACUAUGGCAACAGCAGCAAUGGAAACGGUAACUGUGGAGCUGGCGUGCAGGAGCGAGAGGUGUGGUGCAUGGAGGCACAUGAUAAGCGAGUGCCAGAUUCCAAUUGUCACCCACUCCAGAGACCAGUCUCAAAUCGUGAAUGUUGGCAGGUCUGCCCUGUGGAUUGUCAUGUGUCUCCAUGGUCAGAGUGGUCAGCCUGUCCCCAGCAAUGUGUGCCAGAUGCAAGUAGUGAGGUGCGAGAGGGAGAGGUGGCCCCAACACAGUCACGACAUCGGGUGGUGCUUCGGUGGCCUUCUGGUGGUGGGGCAAGUUGUCCAGUUUUGGAAGAGCUACGCCCAUGUCCUCUGUCUGGUGCCCGCUGUCGUCACUAUUUAUGGGGAGAAGGUCCUUGGUCAGAUUGUCAACUUCCAGCAACAGUGGAGUGUGGAAUGGGCUAUCGUACACGUGCUGUGUGGUGCUACAAGAACCAUCAAAGUGUUAAGGUGGAACCCAGUCUCUGCUUGGAGCGAAGCAAUGGGACCGCUCCUAGCCAGUCAGAGCCCUGUUUUGUAGAUUGCCAAUGGCCAUGUGUACUGUCUCAGUGGACAGAAUGGACAUCAUGCACCCAGGCAUGUACUACUCGUACAAGAACAAGGCAGCUAAUCGGACUCUCAGGAACACGAGCUGCAUGCAAAGAUGCUGGGCUAUUCCCCCUAGUAGAGACCCAACCCUGUCCAUGUGCUCGUUACACUCUGCAGCCCACUGGACCCUGGUCAGACUGCAUACUGGAGGGUGAUGGAGUGUCAACUUCAGUUUCUGCAAAUGGUCGAGUUGCUCUUGGUGUAUGUGGAACUGGCUCAAGGUUCAGACGCAUAGAGUGCUUGGAUGCUGAUGGGAAUCUGGUGGAGCCAAGUCUGUGUGGAGGGGAUUCAGGACUCGAGGAAGAACCUUGUCUGAUUUCGUGUCCAAGUGACUGCCACCUUAGUGAGUGGACUGCUUGGGGUGAUUGCAGUGCCAUCUGUGGACCAGGAUUGCAAAAUAGAAGCAGACAUGUUGUGCAGCCUUCUUUGAAUGGUGGGCGCCCUUGUGGAUUACUGAUGGAGCACAAAAUAUGCAGCCAAUCAUGUGAGUCAUUCCAUUGGGUGGCAGGAGGAUGGAGUGAGUGUCAGCUCAUACUGGCUGACAGGAACAGGGGUUGUGGGACAGGCGACCAGUACAGACAAGUCAGGUGCAUGCAUAUAGAUGAAGGGACAGGAAUACCUGUUGAAGUUGCUGAUGUGUACUGUGAUCCUGUGAUGCAACCACCUGACCUCAAUGCCUGCCAUGUUGCCUGUCCUGGAACCUGCGUAUUGGGACCUUGGUCAGAUUGGUCAGACUGCCCUCAGCCCUGUGAAUCUAGUCAGGAGCGGCAGAGGACACGCUCUAUUCUUCGCAGCCCUGCAAAUAAACAUGAUGCCAAGAAUCAACCCAACUGUCCACCCCUCAUCGAGGCACAAGCUUGUCACCUUAAUGCCACUUGCUUUAGCUACAGUUGGCGCCACACAGACCUGGGGUCAUGCCUGCCUCUGGGGGGCAGCCCUUGUGGGGAGGGAGUGCAGUCUAGAGCUGUAUUCUGUGAACGGAGUGAUGGGAGGCCUGUUGAAGAUAGAUACUGUGAGGCUACUGGUGAAGUGCGUCCAUCGGCUUCAGAGAAAUGGUGCUAUGUGGACUGCCCUGUGGACUGUGAAGUGACUCAGUGGAGUGCAUGGAACCAUUCUACAUGUCGCUGUGGACUGACAGGUGAUGUGAUGGUUAGGGAACGCCAUGUAGUGACACAGCCCAGUGAGAGAGGCCGUCCAUGUCCCCAGCCACUUAUCCAGCACAAACCAUGCCCUGCUGUGCCAUGCUACUCUUGGCAUCGUGGAUCUUGGAGCUCAUGUAACCUGCAGGGAGCAUGGUGUGGGCAUGGCAUAAUGUCUCGUAAUGUGACAUGUCUGCGUGAAGGCACCACCCCAGUGGAGCAACACCUCUGUCAGGCUGCAGCAACAUAUACUGUGGACCUGAAAAAUCAGGAGCGCUGCUAUGCUCCAUGCAGAGGAGACUGUCGUGUCUCAGAGUGGAGCCAUUGGUCUCACUGCCACCGCAACUGCCAGGCUGCUGAUGUAGGAGGCUACCAGACAAGAUCAAGGGCAGUGCUGAAGCCACCAACACCAGGAGGGGAGCCAUGCCCCACUGCUCUAUGGGAAACACGCCCCUGCUUCACUGGGCCUUGUCUCACGUUUGGCUGGGUGGUGUUAGAUGAUGGACGUACCUCCUGUCAGCGCUCUGAUGGUGUUAUUGUUGUGGGUGGAUGUGAAGGGAAACCCAAGCCAUGUACUGGGGAUGACUGUGCAGGUGUAGAGCAUGCAUAUUGUGACACCCAGCUGGGUGUAUGUUUGUGUAAGCCAGGAUAUGAGCCGCAGUAUGACCAGCACCAGCUGCUCCUCUGUUCAGAGAAUGGACAGACAACAUCAGAUGACAGUAAUGCUCAACAUAAGACUGGCACAACUGCCAGUGUGGUCCCUCCCCUCCACCAGGCUACAGCAUCAGAAGACAAGAUUCAGUCCCGAUUCUAUUACCCACAGGACAAUGACAUCAGUGUGUGGAUGUUUGCUAUGAUUGGGAUUGGCUGCGUGUUUGUUGUUUUCGUUGCAGUAUCCAUCUACCUCAUGUGUAAUGGCAGUUGGAACAUUGUGGGCCAUCACCACUCAGGGCAGUCCCUGCCGCCACCGCAGCCUGAGAAGCAGCAAGUGGGUGCAGACGUACCAGAAGCUAAACCUUGACAAGAACUUACUACAUGUGGUCUGUAGAUUCUGCUAUGGUGAUUAUUUGAAGUCACUGUCUGAGGUGGAGAUGGUGUGUUGAGAGUCUGGUUGCACGUUGCAAUGUUGACUGUGGUCUGUCUACUGGCUUGUAAAACUGAGGACAUGAUAAGAGAACUUGGGUGCAUAAGACCAUCAGAGAGUCACAGAUGUAAAAGUUCUGUAUAAACACAAAAGAGAUUAUUGUAUAGGUACUACACAGGAUUUUGUUGUAGUGCUCUCACGGCUUUGAAUUAAUGAAAAUGUUACAGUGUGCGUAAAGUAUGACAAGAGUGGAUGGGUAUGUUGUAGUGGGUUGCAAUUUCCCAACCGUGUUCUUUUAUUUCACAUACUUCAUUGGCCUUGAUGUUUAUUUUAUUAAAGAUUAGAUCUAUAAUUGCAGAAUUGUUUUCACUACAGAUAUUACAUUGCUUAGAGCCAGAAAUUAUCUUUUCUCAUAUUCUGUUAAACACUGGUCACCUUCAUAAAUAUGUUCAAUAAAAGCCAUGUGUCCUAAUGAGAUCUAUAUUUGUGGUGUACACCAUUUUCUUGUGUACAAUCCAUUUUUGAGAAAACAGAAAAUUUGAUUGUGCUUCAUGUAAUAUAGGGAUUAUGUUGGACCAACACGAAACAAAUUUACAUUUAUCUGAGCACUUUUAUAUAUACCUCUUCACUCAAUUCAAAACUGAACUGAAAUUUAUUCAUCAUUUUUAGAGACAAAACAUGUGGACGAAUGGACAGUACCUUACUACUUUGCUCAGUGGCCUGAGCACUUGGGGUGACUUGGAAGUUAUAUUCUGUAAGUCAACAAAAUAGAAUAGAAUUUAUGCUUAAUUUUAAGUACUUCAUACAAAGUGCAUACAAACACUGACUUUAUAUCUAAGAUAAUUACAUUUUCUCCAUACUUUUCACAUUUACCAGCAAAAUUCAUCAAUAUAAAUGACUGUGAAUUUCUACUUGCCAGGUUCAAAAGAAAAAGUAAUUUCAGACAAACAGGCAACUAUAUUUUUCAAGCCCUUUGACCUGUACAAAGUAAAAACACAUUUGCUAUGCUGUGGAUUUCUGUAAGAUAUACAUCAGUAGUUCCAAAGAACAAUGUGGAUGAGCAUGAUAAAGGAGGACCUGUAAUUCAGAUAAUGUAGAUAUACCAGCUUAUUGACCGUGUCACAGUUUCUUUUGUCAUUGGUGCUCAGUCCAUACAAAAAUGCUUCUUCUUUGAUAACAAAACAAUGGCUUUGUGGCCAUAAUUUGGUGCAGUUGGUUUAUGUAUUUUGUGAAGAGCAGACACAAGAGUUCAUACUGGAAAAAAAGUGUAAAAUUCUAAGGUAUGAAAGCAGAACUUAUAAACACUUUCCUUUUAUUUGUGAUAAUAAAUUUCUGAGAUACCCUUUUGUAAAAGUUGUAUGUUCCACUUUUUGCACAUAUUAUAGCAAUGAGCAUAAAGGCAUAUGCAUAUGAAGUAUCGAAGCACCUGGAAGCCAAUUACAACAUGAAUCAUAAUCAGAUAUUAGUCAUGCCAAUACUUUUAUUGAGGAAUGAGCAUAGAUUUGGGCUUAAGAUGCUGACAAAAAAAAUCCUUCUCUUUUCUGUUACACAAUAAAAUAAUCUAAAAUAGUUUUCUGAUUCAUGCAUUUAAUUUGAGAGAAUUAAUUAUUCCUGCAGCUGUGUAUGAAUGAGUACUUUUAGGUUUCCACGUUUGAAAUUGUUCUGCUCAGGACAGCCUGAUUUCCUCAGAGAAGGGGAGAAAGUAAGCUGCAGAAAAAAGGGAGAAUGGAUUGGAUGGUAAAGAAAGAAGUGUAGUUCAGCAAUAUGCCAACAUCACCUCUUUAAGCUAUCAUACUAUGUAUCCAAACCUGACAGCUCAAUCUGGCCCCUAUUUACAGUGUAUAUAAUUUGCUUUGUUUAGUGGAGAUGCAAAUAUUCAGUAAAUAUGAGAACUUAAAAAUUCAAGAAAGAUGAAAACACUCCACUCAAGAUAUGACAUUCACAUGACAUGUAUAUGGAAAUUUCGGUUUAUAGUUGCAGUAAAUUUGAAAUAAAAUUUGUUAAUAUAAUUGUUAAUAUAAUUAUUGACUUUUUGGACAUUAUCCAUCAUCUAGUUUUUUAAACAUUCUGGAGAUGGGACUCAGUCUUUGUCAUCAGGUAACAGCCUACUAAGUUGGGCCCAAUUGAGAGAACUAGAUGGAGAUGAAGUUCAGUCUCCAACAUGUUGUUUCUGAAUUGAAAACAGGACAAUGGAUAAUGUUCAGAAAGUCAAAAUUGUAGGUCUGGAGAUAGGGAAUAGCUCUAUUGAUUGGGCCUAAAUAAGUAUGAUUCUAUCUGAGGAAAAUGGCAGAGUGCAGACCACGAAAUAUUGUGCUCAGAAUUACUCGGUUUUUGGACUUGUUCCAUUGUCCAGUAUUCUAAAAACUAGAAAAAACAGUUUUUUCAGAAACUUUAUAUGUUUCCUCCCUCAGGUGAAAUGUUAGGACACCUACUCUGUUGGGUCCCUUAGAAAGACCUAACAUCAGUCACAAUUAGCUCCUUCUAAGGGACCCAACAGAGUAGGUGUGUCUCUCCCCCCUUCUCAAAUGAAGACGGAAAUAGAUCCAGUUUCUGAAAUGUUGUGUUUUCUAGUUUUUUAGUAUACUGGACAAUGGACGAAGUCCAAAAACCCAGUAAUUCUGAAUAUUAUGCAUCACUGUCAGAACCCUUUAGAAUCUACCAAAACAUUGUUGCAAAAAAGUGUGAGACAGUGAAAAGAAGGCAGAAGUGUUAAUGGAUAACUUAUGCAUAGCUGAAUAGAACCAAAUGCAGAAUUGGUGAACAAAUAAUGGGCAUUUUGGGGUCUGAAAUAUGAGAACUGUUCAGGAACUACAUCUUGUGGAAUAAAAUGUGUCAGAAAUAUGAAAUAAUAGUUCCGGUGUUUAUUACAAAUUGAUAAAUUUAAAGUGUGGUGUAUCUGGCAAGAAAACUAUGCUGCUCUUAGCUCAAUCAUUAAACUGAUGGAUGGCUAUGAUAGCAAAAUAUCUUGAGCUUUACAAAUUCAUUACAUACAUACUGCAUGAACAGGAACUGGAGAAGCCUAUGAUAAGCUUAUGUGUUGUACAUGACCAACAGACUGAAGCUUCAUGUUAAGACUGUCUCUUUAAACUGUAAUUUCUCUUUAAAUUUUUUUCCUUCCAGAUUGCAAUACAAGCCAUUUUUGCUGAACUCAGACACUGAAAGUGUGUUCAUUUCAGAAGUUUAUGCUCAUUACUCAGAACAUCUUCACAUUUUUAACAGUUCAAUGCAGUAUAAUUUUGCUAUUUCAUCAAUACUGUUCAACAUCUAGAGCCUUAUGUUUAUGUAAAGAAUAAUGUAUCAACUCUAGAAUGAAACAAUUACAAUUACUAUCACUAUAAGAAAGAAUAGAUCUUCAUAAGGGGCAUAAGUUCCACAUAAUUAUAAAAACAUUUGUAUUAAUAAAACUAAUUUGUAUUUUCAUCUGCUUACCUCACUCCUUCAUGAAUCAAUGAAAAUAGGUGUUAUCUGAUUCAGAAGUUUGUAGUGAUAAAAACUGUACAGGUAUGUAAUGGCAAAGGAUUGUUUUUUUAUAAGAAAUUGGAAGUUUCAUGUUAAAAUAAAGUGACUUAUUUUCUGGUAAGAUCAUGGAACUCUUGCAAUGAUAUCAGAUGACCUGAUGCAGAAAGUAAUGGAACAAACAUUGCAAGUGUUCUGAAGAAGAUAAUUCAAGGUGUUGGUGUCAGAUAUGUAAGCUUUUAUCACGUAACAAGCAGAUACUGGAAGUCAUAUAUUUCACUGAUGUCAGCUUUGGAAGUAUCAUCACAUCUAAAAUUUUCAUUUUAAUGACAUUUUUGCUGGAAAAUUAUAAUAUUGAAAUUGUAAUUAAGAUAUGGGUAACACUAAAAUUGUAUCUACUGAAAAUAAUUUAUGAUUUUAGCUUUUAGUUUUGGAAAGAGCUUUCACAAAGAAGCUUUUGAAAUUGCAUAAAGUGAUAUAUUGGGCCAAAGACGUAGCCAGGAGUGGAAAUACUUUUUUUUUUAAAUUAUAGUUGGACACUGUUUGUUGCAUGAAAGGCGUUCUUCUCUGCCCAGCUCAGAAAAAUGCUGCAAGUAAUGAAUGCUGGCAAAUUAUAAGUUUAACUAUGUAAGUUUUGAGGUUUUCACGGCGAUGACAAUGAAGAAAGUUGUCUUCUGGGUUUAGGCACCGUGUAUUCUUCGUUAUAAGUUUAACUGUUUAUUUUCUUGAAGUGUCUGUCAUCAGGUGAUUAUAUUUUUCAUUACUGUCCCCCAUCUCUGGUGGUUGGGAUAAACAACACCCCUUCCAACCCUAGAACGAUGUAUGUAAUAAUACUGUACUUGUACAUUUGUUAAAAUAUCCAGUCACAACUUAUUUUGUGGUUAUUUUGAUCACAUCAUAACAAAACUAAACUUCCAUUCAGACUAAGUGAUUCCCAACACAGACAUGUUUAAACCUUUGACUACCAAGCCCUACCAUAGAACUACCUGUUAGAAACACCAAAUCUGUGGAGGUAAAUGCAUUUACACAGAAAGACCCAUUAUACUGACUAUAUAUGUCUAGAUAGUGUGAAAGCCUGUUCUUUCCUCUAAAUAUUGAUAUAUCUUACCUAAUGCCGUCUACUGACAAAACAUCAAGCUAAGCCCUUUGGAUGUGGCAGUUUCAAUAGAAAAAAGCCAGACUUAUGCAAUCAGCUUAUGAUAUGCAAAGGGUUAAACCAUGAUUAUAUUUCAAUAUGUUACAAUUAUUAUCAGUAUCACAUUACUGCAAAUCCCACUUUUAUCAAAACUACAAGAAUAACAAGUAAUUCUGAGGGAAUAUACUUCUUUCUGGUCCUGUAACAUUGAUUAAUUAGAGCAGUGAUUCUAAAUGGAUGGAAUGCAUCCCACAGGUGGAACGUGAGAGUCAGCUGGGUGCAACAAGAGGUCUCAAAAAUAAGAACUUCCAUUAAUGGUUAGUAUAAUAGUAAAAUGUUCAUAAAUAUCAGAAUACAGUUCUUGGUAUAGGAGAAGCAUUGUUUCUACUAUUGUGGGACUGCUGCUCUUUCCACAAAGUGAAUAGUGGGGUGCAAGAUGCAUAAUAUUGAAGAUCACAAAGUUUGAUAAUUAUAUUUCUGAAAAAAAUUAAAACCUGAGCAAGACCACCCCAUAAAAACUUAAUAUUCAAAUAACGUUUGACAAAAGCCCGAAUACUAGCGCAGGAUCCAGUAGGCAAUGUCCUACUCCUAGUGGACACAUCAUAAGCACUGCAACAGCCAACCUGUGGACUAGUGGUGUACAAGACAAUAUUAUAGGUUGUGGUGUGGCAAGUCCAAAGUCCUGCCAAAUACUGUACUUAUAUUAAUAUUACUACUUGUUCAUUUUGUAUCAUCCAUUGUCAUUCCUAACUAUUGUGUGCAAGUAUCAAUGAAUGUGAACAUUUUGGUGUUGGUUCAUCACCAAACUGAGAGUAUGAGUUCAAAAUACUUCACCUGUAAAUAUACCAAACACUGUGUAAGUUUUUAUCAUUAUAUUAACUGUGUUGAUACAGAGCUCAAGGCAAUUGUAACGUUACUCAUUACUGUUGUAUUACCACUGUAAUGUUAUAUUAUGCUGGGUGUAAAUGUAACAUAGGAUGGCAAUAUAUGUUGGACCCUGCUGUGUA